UCCUCGUUAUGCUUUGGUUUGCAUUGAGCGCUCUCUCUCUGAAACAUCCCACAAAUGCAGUGAGCUGAGAGUCAGAAAUGUUCAAAGCAACAGUCGCUGUGGUGAAUCAGCCUCUUCCUGACAUGUAAACCAGCGUCCGCAGCCUGUUUGUCUCCACGGACGGUUUGAUGUCAGUAUUGUCACGGAGCCUUUAAGGUGUGGCGGAUAAACGCAACAACAUCAAUGACACGACCGAGAGAACCACGGUGGUAAAUAUGAUAGUAAAGAGCUGUGGUUGGUGCAACAUGAUGGAGCUACCCAACUACAGCAGCCAGCUGAUGCAGCAGCUGUGGGCCUUGAGGAAGGAGGAGCACUUCUGCGACUGCACCAUCCUGGUGGGAGAGGGUCGUCACCGCGCACACAAACUGGUGCUGGCUGCGUCCAGCAUGCUGUUCAGGUCUCUCCUGGAUGGCUCCGACACCAUCUCCAUCGACACCGCCGUGGUUUCCUCGCAGGAGUUCGGCUGCCUGCUGGACAUGGUCUACACCGGUAAACUGCCUCCAGGUAAACACAACGUCAGCCGCAUAGUCGCCGCUGCAGACAGCCUGCAGAUGUACGACGUGGCCGUCGGCUUUAAGCAAGUCCUCACCAGCCUGGUGAACCAGAAGCCCCCAGUAUCAGCGAGCCCCGCUGGGCCACGCCUCACCGUGACCAACAAAGCCCCGAAGAUGAAGCCUGAAGGCUCAGCCUCGCCCAGCAAGCACAGCCCGUGUUCAGACGAGGCGGAGGCGACGGAAGAGCUGAAAGAAGAGUCGUUAGAGCACGACGGCGAGGACGCAGACGAGCCAGCGAUUAAAAGGGCCCGCGUGGACACAUCAGGGCCCGAAGACGUCAAAUCCUCAGAAGGUGGCGACACGUCGGCAGCCAGGCUGUCCAGCGAGUCUGGUCUCCUCGCCAACACGCCGUCUGUUGUGGAACUGCUGAGCCAAGCAGCAGAGAGCCUGACAGGAAGAGAAAGACAGGUUGUGUGUCAGUGCUGCGAGGAGGCUGAUCCCAGCUCCGUGUCGGAGAAGCUGAUGAGUAAAGUGAAGGAGGGUCAGAUGGGAGAGGAGGGGCUUAUCAAGCUGCUGCGCACCGCCAAGCAGAAAGCUUCAUCCUCCUGCCCCACACAGCUGCUCCCUCUGCUGGAGGAGCUGGAGAGGAGCGCACGGCAGCCUGACGGCAGCCACGCUGGAGCUGACUCAGAGCAGAAGAGCAGAAGUGAAGAUCGUGUCCAGGAGGAAGAUGAGAGCGGUGACGAGGAGGAGAACGAGGAGGAGAACGAGGAGGAGAACGAGGAGGAGAACGAGGAGGAGCAGAAAGAUGCAGCUGUAGCAGAGAGUUCUCCUCCCUGCUCCUCCCCUCCUCCCUGCUCCUCCCCUCCCUCCUGCCACUCCAAACCUUACUGCUGUCACUGGUGCAAGAAGAGCUUUGAUUACAAGUGUCGGAUGCUAGCACACAUGAAGCGCUGCUCCAUGUCCCAGGAGUGCGAGCAGCAGUGUCCCGAGUGUCCCGAGAAGCUGUCUAAGCGGGCGCUGCAGCGCCACCGGGCCGAGGCUCACCGCAGCGCCACGCGGGUCAAGAAGAAGGUGGCCUGUGACCUCUGCGGCCGCACCUUCGCCCACCCGUCGGGCAUGAUUUACCACAAGCGCACGGAGCACUUUGAAGAGAAGCCGUUUGCUUGCGAUGAAUGCGGCGCCAAGUUUGGUGCAAACUCGUCUCUGAAGAAUCACAUGAGGCUGCACACGGGGGAGAAACCCUACCACUGCAAACACUGUGACAUGAGUUUCAGCGUGGCUGCUGCACUCGCAUACCACACCAAGAAGAGACACUCUGAGGAAGAAGCUGCAACAGGAACUUUAUCAACUGAGGCAGUUCGUGGUUUAGCAGCAGCUCCUGGGCUGUUUUCACUGACCCUGACUGUCUGUCCUGCAGGCUCUGUGGCUGUGCUGGGUGGAGAUGAGGACAUGCAGGAGAACAUCAGCAGUGAGGCAUUCAGGUGCUCCCUCUGCUCCACGCUCUGCUGCUCUCAGCUCAAGCUGCAGGAGCACCUGCUCUCCUGCCACGUGGAGGCACGGCAGGAGAGCCGGGAGGAAGAGCAGGCCUCCACCUCCUACACGGUGAUACCAGCCAAUCCAACAGGGAGCAGACAGGAAGGGGCGGAGUCUGAGGAGCCAAGGCAGCAGGGGGUUGGUCAGCAGGUGUUUCUAGCUCUGGCAGAUGGGCGAGAGGUGAAAUCAUCAGCAGAGCUGGUGGAGGUGAACAUGUAUGACCUCCUGAACAACUCUGUGGCCUUCAUCUGCGAGGACAAACCAGCAGACUCCUAGCUGGUUCCCAUGGUCACAAACACGCAGAAAACGUCACCAACACUGGCUGCUGAGCGCGUCUGCGUCCCACAGUCCCAGCUGCUGACAGCCCGACGUCUUCAGUCUGCGCAUGAUUUACUGACACACUCGGUGCAACCGUAGGUUUGUGUUGUUUUAAAGACGUGACAGCAGAGAUGUUCCUGCUCUGUGGCUCUCAGCACUCACAUCACUGCACACACAGGUUUGUCCCGUAAACAGUGGGAGCAUCUGUUAGACGCCACACGUGGGACUGAAUCACUAAACCGUGGAAGUGUAUGGUCACUGUGGACUGGUACCUGUGAACGCUAAUAAACAUAAAAUACCUGACGCUG